AUGAUGUCCUCCACUAACGAAGAGGACCCGUUCCUACAAGUCCAACAGUUCGUUAGUCCAAACGAUGCUCUGGAAGCGACAGGUGCUAACAUGCGUAGGGAUGUACUCAGCCAGCUGUCCUCGACUCGCUCUCUCUUCACCUCCUAUCUGCGUAUCCGCUCUCUCACGACAUCAUCCACUUCGCCCGAACUUGCCUCCGCGAAGUCCGACCUGGAAGCGGCGUUGGAGACGCUUGCAGAGGACCUCGAAGAUCUCCAAGCCGCCGUACAAGCUGUCGAAUCGAAUCCGUCGCAAUUCGGGCUCUCACAAGAUGAAGUCACGCGGAGGAAACGGUUCGUGGGCGAGGUCGGUGGGGAGAUUGACGACAUGAAAGAAGAGGCGAAGAAGACGGCCACAGGCGGCAAGGCAGCUGGUGACUUGCCCGACCCGAAUUCAUUCGCUAUACAAGAGGGCGACGACGGGUACGAAGAGUUUGAACAACAGCAGCAGGUCCAGAUGAUGCGCGACCAGGACGAACAGCUCGACGGGGUCUCGACCACCGUGGGCAACCUACGACGCCAAGCGGACGACAUGGGCCGCGAGCUGGAAGAGCAGCGGCAGAUCCUCGAGGUGGUGGACGACGCGGCCGAGAGAGUUGGCGGACGACUGUCGUCGGGGAUGCAGAAGCUGAACCACAUUGUGAGGCAGAACGAGGACCGGUGGAGUAGCUGCUGCAUUGGUGUGCUCAUAUUUGCCUUGAUUCUUCUGCUGGUUCUGCUCUUGAUUUUGUAA